AUCUUAAAAAAAAAAUAGUUUUGUUUUUUGAUUUUUCGUUUCAUUUCAUUGCUCGGAAUAAUAUUUUUGGAAGGAAUUGUUAUGUCUAAAGCUUUCAUCUAAACUGGAUGAUAAACUAUCUUUUGAUAGGUAACAAAAUGAUAGAGCCGUGGAAUGAUCGCGCUCUUGAAUCUCCGCCCAAUAACACUUUCUCUGGUUCAUAUUCCAUGGACAUUCAAGACCUCCGGCACACGUGCAACAAUAUAGAAAAAGUUUUGUCAAAGCAAUUGUCGCUACAUAACGAGGCUGCAAUAUUGAAUAGAUUUAUUUACAAAUUUGAUAAAAAAUUCCGCAGUGACAUUGGAUAUAGAAAUCUGAAGAAAGUAAAUUCAGCAAUCAACAAGUUUAAGUCACUUAAUUUACUGAAAGACAUUGAAAAUUUCAAUUCACUACUGCCUACUAAUUGUGAAGAUAACUACUUACCAACCCAGCAAAUGUUACAGUAUGUUUUAGUACGAAUUGUUUCAUUUUCAAUGAUAAUGAAAAGAAUUUGUACCUGUUCUAAAGUUACAGCUGUGUAUUAUAUGGAUAGAGUGAAAAGAGGAGAGAGUCACUGGAUGUCCCUUAUGCCAUUUGCACUUUUGAGCAGAAUAUGGUCAUUAAGUUUAGUGUUACUCCAGCACUGCUGUUCUUGGUAUUCAUGUUUGUAUCCGUACUUGGAUAAUUUGAAAUUAAAAGGUGUAGAGUUUCUACCUGAUGGUUAUAUAUUGCCAAGGGAUUUAGAUCAGUGGAUUGACAUUAAAAAUAUUGAUAAUUCUGGACGUUUCCAAUGGGUUUACCAAAAAUCAGUUCAGAUUCAUUUAGAUUUUACUGAGGAUGAUAUUAUGAACUAUGAUAGUAUUUUGAAUUAUGUUAAAGAUGUAAAUAAGAAUGAACAACCACAAGACACAUGGGAUAAUGUCAAAACAAAUGAACCUACAAAAUUAUCAUGUGAUGUAACUGUGAAACCAUUUGAUGAAGGACAGACAAUAUCAAGAGAACAUUUCCAAUCAUUUUUUAACCAAUCAAAAGAAAAAGAGAAUGUACAUUCUGCAGAUAAAGUGAUAAAUAAAACAACACUUGAUUUAUUUAUUACUAAUGAAGAGAGGUACAGAAAUCAGAAUAGUGACAAUUCAUUGACCAAGCAUCUUAGUUUCAUGCAAUGGCAGAGUUUAAAAAGUAGUUUGUUAAAGUUAAGUGAUUCAUUAUCUUAUAACAGAAAAAUUGAAAGGAAAUUCAAAAAGAUAUGGAAAGAAAAAUGCCUUGACUGUCUAUGACAACACUGAAAGCUUACUAAGCAACACUAAAUACAAGAUAGCGUUUAUCCUUUAUUCAAUAUAAAUAUUUACAAUGUAUAUGUUAGAGCACCAUAUUUCGAUACAAAAUAACAUCUAAUAUAAAAUCUUGUAGUUCAGGUACAAUACAACAAAUUA